GACUUCAAUGUUUUCUCUCCGGACGCUGCAUCGAGCAGCCCCUUCUUCCUUGCGCAUUAGUUCUAGUUGUUUGCGGAACUAUUCAGUUGCAUUGCCGCCCAGAGAGCAGCCUGGGAAGAAGCAGGUGAUAUUCUCGGGCAUUCAACCCACCGGCGUACCACACCUAGGGAAUUACCUUGGGGCCCUUCGACAAUGGGUCAAGCUACAGGAUGAGGCGUCGCCAGACACUACACUGCUGUUCUCUAUCGUGGACCUACAUGCGAUCACCAUAAAGCAAAACCCAACUCAAUUGGCAUUAUGGCGGAAAGAGAUGCUAGCUAGUCUGCUGGCAGUGGGCUUAGAUCCGAAGAGGUGUAUAAUCUUUGCGCAAAGUAGCGUGAAGCAGCAUGCCGAAUUGAUGUGGAUAUUGAGCUGUGGUGCUAGCAUGGGAUAUCUAGGACGCAUGACACAGUGGAAGAGCAAACUCUCCCUUCCCUCCAAUGCCUCACCCCUCGACCCUUCUCCCUCAAACAAAGACGCACUCAAGCUCGGCCUCUUUUCCUAUCCCGUUCUCCAAGCAGCGGACGUGCUUUUGUACAACACCACCCACGUCCCUGUUGGUGAAGACCAAGCGCAGCACCUUGAAUUCUCACGCGAGCUCGCCAUCGGCUUCAACCACCUCUAUACCCCAAAGUCGUCAUCAGACCCCCUCUUGACUAUCCCGCAAACGCUGCUGAGCCCCGCCAAACGAGUCAUGAGUCUGACCGACCCGGCCAAGAAGAUGAGCAAGAGUGAUCCGAAGCCGAAGAGUCGGAUACUGAUCACGGACUCAGGGGAGGAGAUUCACAACAAGUUGAAGACCGCCUUGACAGACUCGAUUGAGGGUGUGAGCUACGACCGAGAAAUGCGGCCUGGUGUGUCGAAUCUUGUGGAUCUCAUGUUCCAUUUCAAUCAGUCGGUAGCUGCGUCACCAGAGGAGCUAGCGAAUGAUAUGAGAGAUCUGAGUAUGCGGGCGCUGAAAGAGAGAGUUGCGGAUACUGUCGAUGAUGGGAUCAAGGAUAUUAGGGAAAGGUACGAGGAGUUGAUGGGCGGGAAUCAUAAGGAGCUUGUGGGAUACGCGGAAGAUGGGGCGAGUAGGGCGGAAGAGAUUGCUGAAGAGACAAUGAAAAGGGUGAGAGGUGCAAUAGGGAUCGGUUGGUGAGUAUACGUAUGACCAAUUAGCCGUUUUUGUAUGAGAAAGUAGUGUAUUAUGAGACAUGUAAGAGUAUAAGGAGUACGUGUACAAAAGUAAGAGACAUGGUCUGGGAGAUAUGAACAAUACUCUUCGAUCAACUCGUGGCCAGUGUUACGCCAUGAGCCACGUAUAAGACAUAGUGAGAGUCAGCUGGUAUCGAGUCGCGCAUGCUGAUUAUAUUAACGUAGGAUUCAUCCAUAAGUAUAACCCGUUAUCGCCAU